GAAAGGGCACGCUGCUUUUUGGCGGCCAUUUCUCUUGGAGCACCGCGAUACCGGCCCUGCUGUAGGUGCUCCAGUCACGAGGGACGACAACAGCAGGGUCGGGGACUUGUAACCUGCAGCAUUUGCCCAUCGUCACAAUGAGUUUGCCCCUCAAUCCCAAACCUUUCCUCAAUGGAUUGACAGGGAAGCCAGUAAUGGUGAAACUGAAGUGGGGAAUGGAGUACAAAGGCUACCUGGUAUCUGUAGAUGGCUAUAUGAACAUGCAGCUUGCAAACACAGAAGAAUACAUAGAUGGAGCAUUGUCUGGACAUCUGGGUGAAGUUUUAAUAAGGUGUAAUAAUGUGCUUUAUAUCAGGGGUGUUGAAGAAGAGGAAGAAGAUGGGGAAAUGAGAGAAUAACAUCUUGUGGGGCUUUUUUUAUAAAAUAAAAAAAUUGGUUUUUCA